GGAGACAUCUCUUGGUGAUUCAAUAUGGCUAACGAAUCUUCCAAUUGUUUGACGGGGGCUUCUCCAGUCGAUCUGGCUAAGGUAGUUGCAUGCAACCACGGUUUCUACUGCCCCAACAACACAAACGAGCAUCCGCCUCAGUACUGCGCUCCAACGAGAUCAUGUCAAGCGAUAAGACUGCUUCCAUUUCAGAAUAAUUGUCCCGAGCCGCAAGGAAUCUAUGAACCCAUUGUUUGCCCGAAAGGCAGUUACUGUCCUGCAGGUGGAAAAGUUGUGAUCCCUUGCUCAAAAGGCCAUUAUUGUCCACUUGGAACCGAGACGCCAUUCCGCUGUGGUCGACUAUCCAUCUGUCCUCCUCGAUCCAGCCGAGAACUCGCGUUAGACGGAUUUCUUGUAGCCCUCAUCUUUGACCUGCUGAUCCUGGCACUCGUGUUUGUUCCUACGUCGAAGCUUUUUGUUCGGGUGAUUCCCAGGAAAGCCCACAAAGGCCUCAAAAGCGACGAGUCGACUUGCGAGUCUCAAUUGAAGACAAUUGAAGGCGAUAUCGCAGGUAACCCAGAUAACGACCCAGCAAACCCAGACUCGGAUGGUGCCGAAUCUGCCGCAGAUUUGCAAGAUUUCGUCUCCACCGUCGCUGAAUAUAAUGAUGGUGGGGAGAACGGGCUCUCCAUUGGAUUUAACGCUAUCGGAUUCACGGUAGAGAAACAUAGCAAACGCCUUAUUUCUGCUAUCAGCGGGAAAUUCGAGAAAGGAACGUUAUGCGGUAUUCUGGGACCUUCCGGGGCGGGAAAAUCGACCUUCAUGAAAGUGAUGAUGGGAAAGCUGGAACCAACAGAGGGGUUCAUCAAUAUCAAUGGUCACGCAACCAAACUUGCACAAUACAAAAAGCUGAUCGGUUUCGUACCAGCAGAGGACGUAUUGCUUCCAGAGCUCACAGUGCGGGAAAACAUUCUCCAUUCCGCCCGAGUUCGGCUUCCCCGCAACCAGUCUGACACGGCGUGCCAAAAGCUAGUUGACAAUUUAAUAUCUUGUCUUGGACUCUCGCACGUUCAACAUCAAGUUGUAGGGAGUCAAAUUACGUCGUCCAUCUCGUCCGGCCAAAAGCGUCGAGUCAGCAUUGGCAUGGAACUCGUUGCUGCGCCGGUCGCACUCUUUCUAGACGAACCUACUUCUGGCCUUGAUUCUGCAACGGCCCUUUCUAUCAUGAGACUUCUGAAAGCCAUAUCUAGGACAGGGGUGACCGUGAUUUGCAUCCUCCAUCAACCUCGGGAGGAGAUAUUUGAAGCUUUGGACCAGGUGCUACUCCUCGCUCAAGGCCGCCAACUGUAUCAGGGCCCUGUUUCGGAUGCUUCAAACUACUUCUGCGGUCAUGGAUUCAGAAUUCCUGCGAGGUCCAAUCCAGCAGAUGUUUUGUUGGAUAUCGCCGCCGGGCGAAUGAAGAUUAAGACGUCGUUCAUCGCCUCUCAAGAUUUACCGAAGAUAUUAGCAGAGACGUGGGAGCAGCGUCGGGACGAGCUUGCACGGGCCAGUGUCAUGGCGCGAGAAAUCCCCACCUCCGAAUGCUUGAAGCCGAUCGAACUUGCCCGUAUCGCAUCUGUGCGCGGGGCGUUGUGGCACCGCCAGACAUACCUCUGCUUUGUCCGUGCCAUGAAGCAGCAAUUUCGGCAACCAAGUGGCCUACUCCUCGAGAUCGGGGUGGGAGGAAUAGCAGGCUUACUCAUUGGGUUAGGUCUUUAUCCCUAUAAAGGGAUGCAUUUUCAAGGUACCUAUCUUGCACCAUUUGAGCUGCUUUCGAGCGCUGUGGAUUAUUCCACAGUGCCCAAGAUUGGCCAAAUGAUUGCAUUAGCAAUCGCUCUUGCGGCAGCUGCCCCAGGAGUCAGCACGUUUGGCGAAGAAAAGAGUCUCUAUUGGCGAGAGGCCAGCGUUGGUCACAGCCGCUCAGCAUAUUUCGUCGGAAAGGUUCUAUCCACAAUUCCACGAACCGCGCUCUCUGCCUUACAUUUCACAUCUUUCUAUGCUAUCUUGUCAACUCCAUUGAUGGCGUUCUGGAUAACGUUCCUCCUUAAUAUGCUUUACUUCUACUGCGUCUAUGGGCUAGCAUCAUUUGUCUCCACCGCUGUAAAGCGCGAGAACGGAACGCUAUUGGCCAUGAUUUUGUGCCUAAUUAUUGGUGCAUUCGGAGGUUAUGCACCCCCUCUGUCUACUAUCCAAACCUGGAGGCUGGAGUGGCUGUGGAGAAUGUGUCCUGGGACGUGGCUCUCAGAAGCGUACGUAGACCAGACCCUCAAACAGGUAGCAUAUCUGUACGAUACGAACACAGCUGCGCGGUGGACCGGAUACACUUUAGGGAGAACCCCACUCGACAUUGCCAUGAUAUUUCUCAUUGGAACGGCGUACCGUGUAGCAGCCUUUCUCGGACUUCUAUUUUUUGACAGAAAUAAGCAGCGGUAAGGCUGCAACAGGCGCAACUAUCGCCUAAUCUCGUUAGAAAUUAUAGCAUAUGGCAACACAC